GACUAUAGUAGAGUAUCCGCUAAACACAGCUCGAAGCUUCCCACGUCAAAUUCUCUUAAAACUAAAAUUAUUAUACUACUUGCUCUACUUUACUCAACUCAAUUAGGGUUCUUAUUUCCAUCAAUGGCUGCCGAUGGUUCAGUAGCUCUCGCAGUGCGGCAAAAAGUGCAAGAUUUUUUGAAUGCUGCUCUUACUGGAAACCUUGAUUUCUUCAAGAAAAUUGCGGCGAAAUUAGACGAUGGAAAAGGUUUGUCGAAAACAGUGGAGGAAGUUAAGGAUGCUAAUGAUCGAACUGCGCUUCAUUUUGCGGCUAGAGAAGGACAGCUUGAAGUUUGCACGUAUUUGUUAGAGGACUUGAAGCUUGAUGGUAAUGUCAAAGAUGCAGAAGGGGAGACUCCUUUAAUUCAUGCAGCCAGACAAGGACAUAAUGCUACUGUCAAAUAUCUUUUAGAGCAUGGUGCUGAUUCUUCUAUUGCUAGUGAUCUAGGGGCUACAGCUUUACAUCAUGCUGCUGGUAUAGGAAAUGUUGAAUUGAUAAGGUUACUACUAUCGAAGGGUGCCCUUGUGGAUUCACAAAGUGAUUCUGGCACUCCUUUGAUCUGGGCUGCUGGGCAUGGACAAACAGAUGCUGUAGAGGUGCUAUUGGAGCACCAUGCUAAUCCCAAUUCCGAAACUGAUGAAAAUAUAACACCAUUGCUGUCAGCUGUGGCAGCUGGUUCGCUGGCAUGCUUAGAGAAAUUAAUACAGGCCGGUGCAAAUGUCAAUAUCAUUGCAGGUGGCACUACACCAUUACAUAUUGCUGCAGAUAUUGGUAGCUCUGAUCUUAUCAAUUGUUUACUGAAAGCUGGAGCAGACCCAAAUGCUACAGAUGAGGAUGGCCAGAAGCCCAUUCAGGUUGCUGCCACAAGAGGGAAUAAAGAUGCAGUUGAGAUGCUACUUCCUUUGACUACGCCAGUUCAAUCUAUUGCAGACUGGACCAUUGAAGGAAUUAUCAAAUACAUGCAAUCUGAAACCCAAAAACAAGAGGAGCUUGCUAGAAGUACCAAAGAAUUGAACUCAACAAGAAAUACAGACUUACCAACACCUGAUUUACCUGAGGUGUCCCCUGAGGCAAGGCUGAAAGCUGAUGAAGCAAAGUUUCGAGGGGAUGAAGCUUUCAAGAGGAAAGACUUUGCUUCAGCUAUAGAUGCGUAUACACAGGCCAUAGACCUGGACCCUACUGAUGCCAAAUUUUUCUCAAAUAGAAGCCUCUGUUGGAUUCGUCUGGGACAAGCUGAGCAAGCAUUAGCUGAUGCUAAAGCAUGCAGAUCUCUAAGACCAAAAUGGGCCAAAGCUUGCUAUCGUGAGGGUGUAGCACUACGCGCAUUGCUUAGAUUUGAGGAUGCAGCGAAUGCCUUUUAUGAUGGUAUUCAACUUGACCCUGAAAACGUGGAGCUAGUUUCUGCUUUUAGAGAAUCAGUUGAUGCUGGUAGGAAAUUUCACGCAGACAAUCAAGCAAAUAAUUAAAGCUUGUGGCAUUUUAACUAGAGAAGAGAGAAUGAGUUUAGUAGAGAAAUUUUGUACCCGCAAUUUUGCUCACAAGCAGGCAGAGAAACCUGGUCAAUCCACCACUACUUUUUAGUUUUUACAUUUUUUUUGUACUUCCUCUUCAUCUUCUCUUAGGAUAGUUAGGGGUUCUUUGAUAUUAUGAUCUACAUAGGAAUGUUCUGUUGACAAAUAAACCGUUACCAUUAUAAUUAUGCAACCGCCGCAUAUAUGCGGCCUCUAUUUAUUGGGUUUUUAUCUAAAUCAUUCCAAUUUCACUCUCUAGCUCAAAUAUAAUUUUAAUUACUUUUAUGUGUUUGCUUCAAAGUCUUCUACAUAUUUCUUAUCUGCUUCAAUUCUGUUGUCUUCAUUGUUUCUUGUGCAUCAAUUGUUCCUUCUCUCUUCCAUUUUAAUAUUGGUUGUAAUUGUUAUAGGUUAUAUUCUCUACUCUAUACUUAUUUAAUUUUUUCUGCAACUAUGAUGGUAGUUGUGAAGAAGUUAAAGGAAAAAGAAAGAGGUAGUAUUUGAAGAUUGCCACAGUGGUGCUCCACACCUACAAAUACUUCUUCAUCCAAUCAAUUCUAAUAUGUGUAAAACUAUUGGAACACAUGUUUAUAGACGAUUUUUAUUUUAUUCUUUUUAAAUAUUGAUAAUUGAAUAAUUUUUUUCUGUUGCUAAUUCUUGAAAUUCACAUUUUAACCCUUUGUAUUGACAAUUUGAGCUUUGAAGUUGACAACAGUUAAUACAGUUCUAGAUUAUAAUUUAUAGUACUCAAAUCAUAGAGUAAAAGUUAAAUUAGAAGUUACAAUAGUUAAUGGAGUAGGGGAUUAAUAAUUUAGAGUACUUAAGUAAUGAAGUAGGCAAUAUAACCCUUGAAAUCGACAAUUUGAGUCUUGAAGUAGAAUAUUGAACUUAAGUAUAAGAGUAGGUAAUCUAAGCUUUGGAAUUGACUUUUAAGGCUUGGAAUUGUCAAUCUAAUGCUUGUUGUUGUCAUUCUAAGGUUUAAAGUAGGCUAUUAAACUUAAGUAUUGGAGUAAUUUGAGAUUUAAAAAUGACAUUUUAAGGCUUAAAAUUGGUAAUUUAUGGUUUGAAGUUAACAUUUUAAGAUUUGGAGAGGAUAUCAAACUUAAAUAUUGAAGUAGGCAUUUUAAGCUUUAAAAUUGACAUUUAGAAGCUUAGAAUUGGCACUUUAAAAUUGGUAAUACAUGGCUUCAAGUUUAACAUUCUAAGGUUUGGGGAGGAUAUCAAAUUUAUGUAUUGGAGUAGAAUGUUAAACUUAAGUUUUGAAGAAAGAAGGUUAAGAUUGGAAAUGUGCAUUUUAAUCCCUUAAAAAUGGCAUUUUAAUACUUGAAAUAUACAUUUAAAACUUUAAAGUAGGAUAUUAACAUUUUAUUGUUCUUAAAUAAAGUAAUCAUUUUAUCAAACACUCAUAAUGCGAGCAUUU